AUGGGCAGUCUUGGUCCUAUUGAAAAUGCCAGUGAAAGUAAAGAUCCGAAUAGAAAUGAUAUGGAUAAAAACAUUCAGGGUUGGGGUGGUCAUGACAAUUACAGUAAUGUUGAUCUUUUUUUUGGCGUCAAGGACAUUCGGAAUUUUUUCUCUGAUGAUACUUUUUUAGUGAAAGAUAGUAAUGGGGACAGUUAUUCUAUAUAUUUUGAUAUUGAAAAUCAUAUUUUUGAGAUUGCCAAUGAUCAUCCUUUUUGUAGUGAACUAGAAAGUUCCUUUUAUCGGAAUUCUAGUGAUCUGAAUAAUGGAUCUAAGAGUAAGAAUCCCGACCACGAUCGUUACAUGGAUGAUACUCAGUAUACUUGGAAUAAUCACAUUAAUAGUUGCAUUGACAGUUAUCUUCAGUCCCAAAUCUGUAUUGAGAAUUACAUUGUAAGUGAUGAAAGCGGGGAAGUUGGAGUAAGCGAACGAAGAACUCGUGAAGGAAACCAGGGAAUUGAAGGUCGAUUUAUGCAUCCACAUCUACUAUCGAGGAGAAAUCAACUCGGUGCGACAUUUGUCAAGGUCUCCAUUGUUUGA